CCUAGGUGAUUCUGAGCAGCCUGUGUCUCUGAGAUCUCUCAUGCUCAGAGGUUCCUAAGAGAACUCCAGGUCCCCAAGGAAGACAAAAAUGGAUGUAGUGCCUUUGGCCACCUGGAUUUCAGUUUGCCUGGAUCAUUAUGUGAUCUGUAUCCAAGACACCUGUUUUCACUCAUCUUUCCCUCCUGUGAAGGCUGAGAGCAUUCUAAGGCAGAUCACAUCUCAGAAGCCAUGUGAAUUUAAACAGUAUAGGCAAUCCCUGAUUUCUCUCAAAAGUGUUCACAAACAAGUGUUAACAAAAACUGGAGAUGGACCAUAUGAAAGUACAGUACGUGGGAAAGUCUUCAUUUCCAGUGACAUUCAAAGACAUGAAGAUACUCAUACUGGGUGGCAACGCUAUGAAUAUCAACAAUGUGGUGAAGCCUCAUCUUCUCCCACAGGUGUUCAAAGACACAUGAGAACACACAGUGGAGGUAAACCUUUUCAAUGUGAAGUAUGUGGAAAAACCUUUCAUUUCUCUUCUUUAUUUAGAAGACAUGAAAGAACUUAUUCUGGAGAGAAACUCUGUGAAUGUAAACAAGGUGGUCAAUCCUUUAUUUCACACUCAAGUCUUCAAAGGCACAGGAUCCCACACAAGGGGAAUGCACAUUUCAAAUGUAAGGUAUGUGGAAAAGACUUUGCUUAUCCCAGUUUACUUAGAAUACAUCAGAGAACACAUACUAGAGAGAAGCCUUAUGAAUGUAAGCAGUGUGGGAAAUCCUUUGCUCGAUCCAGUAACUUUCACUCACAUGAAAAAACUCAUACUGGAGAAAAGCCCUAUAAAUGUAAGCAGUGUGGCAAAGCCUUUGCUAGAUCCAGUAACCUUCAGAUUCAUGGAAGAACACAUAGUGGAGAGAAGCCCUGUGAGUGUAAGCAGUGUGGAAAAGGCUUUACUCAGUCCUCUGGCCUUCAGUCACAUGAAAAAAUUCAUACUGGAGAGAAGCCCUAUGAAUGUAAGCAGUGUGGCAAAGUCUUUGCUACAUCCAGUUACCUUCAGAUUCAUGGAAGAACACAUACUGGAGACAAGCCCUAUGAAUGUAAGCAGUGUGGAAAAGCUUUUGCAAAUUCCAAUAACCUUCAGAGACAUGGAAGAACAUAUACUGGAGAGAAGCCCUAUGAAUGUAAGCAGUGUGGCAAAGCCUUUGCUAGAUUCAGUUACCUUCAGUCACAUGAAAAAACUCAUACUGGAGAGAAGCCCUAUGAGUGCCAGCAGUGUGGAAAAGCCUUCACUCAGUCCUCUGGCCUUUACUCACAUGAAAAACUUCAUACUGGAUAGAAGCCCUAUGAGUGUAAGCUUUGUGGCAAAGCCUUUGCUAGUUCCAGUGACCUUCAAAGAUAUGGAAGAACACAUACUGGAGAGAAGCUCUAUAAUUGGAAGCAAUGUGGAAAAGCCUUUGUUACAUCUGUUCAGCUUCGUUUACAUGAAGGAACACAUCAUGCAGAGAAAUUGUACUCAUGAAAACAAUUGGCAAAGUCUUCUGUUAAGAAAGUUUCACUUUUAACAUGUAGUCAGUUUUCUGUAGAAAAAUUCUUUGAAUGUGAAAUGUGGGAAAUCAGUAUUGUCACAAAGAGAAGAAAGUGCUGCAUAUCAGAAUCAAUGAAUCAAUCUCUCUAUCUAUCUAUUUAUCGAUCUAUCUAUAAAUCAUACUGGGGAUUUAGUCUGAGGGCCCUCCAUCACUGAGCCAGAUUCCUUUUACUUUUUAUUUUGAGACAGGAACUUGAGGAGUUCCUUAGUGUCUUCCUAAGUUGCUGAGUCUGGCUUCACAUUUGUGAUCCUUCUGCCUGAGCUCCCCAAGACUCUGGGAUUAAGGGCAUACAUGACCACAUCUAACUGAAUAAUGCUUUAAAUGUAAAAAAAUUGGAAAAUCAUUCCAUUUUCCCUGGUGCCUUCAAAACCAUUUCACUCACACUGGCGGGGGGGGGGGGAUCCUCAGAAUGUGGAGGAUUGAUACAUCCUGUUAGCUUCCCAUCCCAGCCCUGCUUUCCUUCUCCUAUAUGAAAAUACUCAUGGAGAGAAGCCCUGAGAAUGUGAUAAAUGUGGGAAGUCUUCUAAUUUUCCCACUUUUUUCCAAGGACUGGGAAGAUUCUUCUUGAAAGAUUCAUGUCAAAAUGAAUAAAUUGUAUGCAAAUAAGAAAUACAAA